UAAUUCAGCUCCCCCUCCCCUCUCUUUUGGGCUUGGAGUCUCCGCUUUAACUGUGCCUAUUCACGCUUGCUCUGUUCCCUCUCGCUUUCACCCCUCUCCCUCUUUCUUCUUGCGCCCUCUCACUUCCCUUCCGGUUUCCACCUGCGGUUUCGGCUUCUUCUCCUUUUUGAUAUUAGAUGGAAUAGUGGGAGCUGCCUUUUUGGAGAGAAGGUUAGAACAGCAUGCGGUGGUUGCUUACCCUAUCUGUUGAUGUAUACCGCAUAGUUAUUUCCUUAAACCUGUAUUGCAAAGUCAUUCUGUAAUUUGCGUCUCGUGAACGGAACAUUCCAAUUAACGGUCUUGUUUUGCCUUCUAUAUAUCCAUGGGAUCCAAUUUCCUAGUUGUUGUUCCUUGUUAUGUCCGUCAGAUCAGCUGAAGGAUACCAAUCUCACCUCAUCAGACUCUUCUGAUCAGAUCCGUUUAUUUUUGCUUCCAUCAACCAUCUAUUUAGUUACAGUUCAUUGUUGUCUUGCCCUUCAGUUUUUCAAUUUGUCCAACAGCAUAGUACCCUCUGAUAACCUGUGUUUUUUAUUCUCUAAUUGUCCAAACCUGACCCACUCUUGCGGGAGCUUUACAUUCACUGUCCGUGGGAAGUUUGUGCUUCUUUUGCUUUGAAGGGUUGGAAAGUAGUUAUGGUGUGCCAAGCAGCGAGUCAAACGAGAUUUCGGGCAUUGAAACAUGAAAAUGGAACUGCUGGGUGCUCAACCAUUAUAGUUAGAGUUAUAGCAUGCUUUCAACCUCUCCGAGAAUGCCAGGCUGAAUAUUUCCGUCAUUUGCUCAAGCCUGUCACGUAGAGUAGUUCUGCCUCUCUGUAUUUGGGUUAAGCUGGUGCCUUUAGUUAGUAUACUUGUUCGCCAAAGAAACAGAUAGUAGCGGAUAGCUUUUGUCUGAAGCUCUUUUUCUUCAGGUGAUUGUUCUGGUUGAAUGGGAAAAGAUUGUGGAACCUGGGUGCCACAACGGCGUUUAGAUUGGCAAUCACCCAACCAAAGCUCCCUCAGGGCUCCGUGUGAGGGAAGGCAGGCCGAUGUUUCUGCAUAUAUGAACCCUGGCAUUGGUAAUAUGGUCCCGUCUAAUGAGGCAGUGCCAGCUUUUACAUCGUCCGCGUUGCCUCAUUUGCAGUUAGGAUAUUCUAAUGAACCUCCUCAUGGUUGGUUUUACUGUUUGCCUCGGUUUCGUCAGGCCUUCAUGCCUGCUCCCAAAUUCUCUGUUAAGGGAAAUCUCCCCGCUGGUCAAGUCAAAGGGUCCGGAGAGGCAACUUUCCCCAAUCGGGAAGCUCAAAAACAAUUCCUUGUUAUUGAUCAGACGGGUGAUCAGACAACUUUCAUUUAUAGCCCUCGGCUUGAUUCUUGGCAUUCCAAACAGCGUGGUCAUGAAAAUUUGAAUUUGAACGAGCCUCCUUUUAAAGGAGAUGUGAACAAUCUUAUUGGAUCAAGUUUCCCAGCCAGAGUUGAUGAAAACCAGGAAACAGGCGUGGAAAGUGAGAUGCAUGAAGAUACGGAAGAAAUUAAUGCGUUGCUUUACUCGGACAGUGCUGAUUACUCCACGGAGGAUGAAGAUGAAGUUACUAGCACAGGGCAUUCUCCCAGCACGAUGACCACCCAUGAUGAUAACCGAGAAAUCUCUAGAGCAGCCACUGAAGAAGUUGGGACGUCCACUGGAAAAUCAAAGAAGAGGAAACUGUCAGACUGUGCUUAUGAUGACACUGCCACUUCUCUGAAUAUGAAGAGACCCAAUGAUUAUGAUGGUGGCGUUGAUGUUGAAUCAAGAUGUUCUUGUGGAAAGGGCCAAGGGUCUGGUGAAAUGGGUUCCUUGUCUGGCAAUAAGAUGAGAAAGGAGAAGAUACGAGAAGUCCUGAGCGUUCUGCAGACCAUAAUUCCUGGAGGGAAGGACAAGGAUCCAAUUGUGCUUCUUGAUGAAGCAAUACGUUGCUUGAGGUCCUUGAAACUCAAGGCUAAAGCUCUCGGACUUGAUGCCUUGUUGAGUUCCUAGCCAGCUACUUUACUACGUGUGCAGAAUAAGCAAAGGUAAAGGAUGGGUGGGUUCGGGAGAGGGGAACUCGUGAUUGGGUAUUUCCAUUUUAUUAAAGUUUAGCUUAGCAAAUAUGGCAGGGGAAUGAGAGACCGAACUCCAUCUGGGAAUUUUGUCUUGAUGAUUGAGUCGGAAUGAAAUUAUGAAUCAUAAGUCCGUUGUCUUUGGUUUUGGAGAAGAUAAAGUGUGGGACUCAAAGCAGGGCGUGGGAUGGGAGUUUUAUUCAAUGAGGAGUGAUUCCAGAGAAGGACCCCAAAAUGGGAGGGCACGCCUCUCGGCUGGCAUGGGACCCAAUCUCUCUCGCCUCCACUCUUUUGUAAUCCUGUCAUUGUUGGUGGGCUUACUUUUAUCUUGACGAAACAGUACUGGAACUCGAUGGAGAACACUGAUAUUUGUGUUGGCUCCUAGCGAUGUUAAAGAACUAGUAGUGUUGUGUAUUCUGUAGUAUUGUGUUGAAAUUGGAUGUAUGGCUGUUGAAGAAGAUAUUUAUGUAUGUAGGGUGGAUGUAAUUGAAUAUGGUUGUUGGUGUUUAUGGCAAAACGACUGUUGAAGCGCAUGCUCGCAUUUAUUAAUGAGAGAAAAGGAUGUGGCCAUAUUGACCAGUUUUAUUAGUAGAAUGAUUCCUGAUUUGAUGAAAAGUUGUUUUUCCGGUGCGGCCUACAACGGGACCACGCCAUUGAAUUAUUUGAAGGCAGGAGCAGAGCUUGACAUUGAAAUCAUGGCAGUUAUCAAACAAUCCCAAGAAUCUUUUACAGCCUUCUACUGUUGACUCUCGUUUAUCUUCUACGGUUGGGAGGAAUCAUAAAAAUCCAGCCCAGCAACAAACAAAUGCGACUAUCUGUACCAUUCUUCUUCUCCAACAUCCAUGGUUGUUAUGGAGAGGUUAAACAUGCACUGGAGAAGGAAGCGCCCUCCUGUUAUGUCUUCCAUCUCCCCAUUUCUUUUCUGAUGGCGGUGGGGACAUGUUAAAAGUGCACUGGAGAAUGAAGGACUGUUAUCCAUUUUUUCCCUACUCCUGCUAUUGGGGCAUCCUUUGUUGCCAUGUGAAAUAUAAAACUGUAUUCCCCCCCUUUUUUUCCUUUCGGCCUUUCCUGUAGACAUCUGUUUUGUGAUCAAGAGGAAUCGAGAUUCUAGGGAAACUUUCCUCUUUAGUGUCAAUUCCCUAAUCUAUCUAUUCACCGAAUGAAUGAAAGGGGGAAAUCCUUUCACGACUCAA